AUAAUUACCAUGACUAUCACAAGAUAAUAUGUAUGCAAGUUUAAAUACGCGCCAAACAAAUAUCGAUAGAAGCAGCAACCCAUCGUGCUUAUACUUAAUAUUCGCGAUUUCAUGUGUCACCUUCCUUUUCGACACUAUGACAGCAGUAGAAGAAGCACAAUUCUGGCAGGCAAUUGGAAUACUGAUCAAAAACUAUCAUGCUUUGAAUAAAAAGAUAUUCGAGGUAGUCAUUACCCAAGUGAAAAAGCAUCAGGAUGGGCGACUGUGUGAAUCCAGUACGGAGGAGCUGUCGAUGACCCUGAAGGAAGUCCCAAACAAGCGCACGUGCACAGGAUUUACAAUCGGAUUCAAACUGCUGCCCAAAAAACUAGCGGAUAACAUUCUAGGCACCGGAACUGUGGACUUUGAAAAAGGUCUCUAUGAGUGCCAAUUUGCCAGCGAUAGCAUCGAAGACUUCUCCGUGAGACUUCUGGAGGGACAGUUUCAACUGGAGUCCAAAUCGAACCCCAACUGGUUGGAAUUCGUGCUCAGGCCAAAGCUUUUAAGCUGGUCCCAGUCCAAGCAGGAUGAAGCUAAGGUGAAGUCAUUGGGUCUGGUAAAUGUGGAAAAGUACAAUGAUCUGUAUAAGGAGUUGAAACAGAGGCAUUCACAACGCCUGCUAGAACACUGGAAAACCGCACAGGAAUCCACGGAUCCGUUGAAGUUCAUUUACGAGGAUUUGGCCAUCGCCGCAUAUCUCAUGGUUUUGUGGAGUCAGACACAAUCGGAGCCGAAUGCUUUCGCCGACUUGGGAUGUGGAAAUGGUCUUUUAGUUCAUGUGUUGAACGCCGAGGGCUACAAAGGGUAUGGCUACGAUAUAAGAAAGCGAAAACUAUGGUCUCUUUAUCCGCCGGAAACUCAAAAGAGCCUAAUUGAAAAAGCCGUGGAGCCCAACAACUUCCGCUUGGAUUUUCCGGAUGUGGAUUGGUUGAUAGGUAAUCAUUCCGACGAGCUGUCUCCUUGGCUUCCGGUUUUGGCUGCUCGCUUGAACAUCAACUACUUCCUACUGCCCUGCUGUCCCUAUGAACUGUCGGGAGCGAAGUUCCGCCGGCGGAAUACGAAGCCCAAUAUGUGCACCGAUUUGCGCAGGAAUGACAUGGUAUAUAAUUGGUGUCUAAACUAUUAA